ACAGCGCACCCUGAUGUGCAGCCAGAACCUACCUGAGACCCUGGAAUAUUUGGAUUGCUAAAUAGUCUCCUAUCUGCCUUCUCUGUUCUAUCUUCUCAAUACCGUGCGCAGUACUAUCAGCACAAUUGUAGCCCACUUUUCUCCUUUCUUCUCUUAUGAAGUUUUCUCAGCUUACUUAACACUUUACCAGCCCACUAACCUAUUGUCUUUCAGGCACUUUAUUUUACCUGGAUCUGCUCAUAAUGUCAUAUUGUUUAUCCAGCAUGUGAGCAGUAGGGGAUUAUAAUUUAUUUCCAAAUGCUCUGUGCUUUCAAUUAUGGCCUUUUUCUUGAAGCUCCUGGGUUAUGGAAGGGAGAAGAAGCAUCUGGUGGAAAGUCAGUGGCUCCGUUGUGACAUUGAUCCGGAACAGAACUGGGAGAUCCUCUCUGAGCUUGGUGAUGGGGCAUUCGGGAAAGUUUACAAGGCAUAUGACAAGGAGAGACAGAAACUGGCUGCAGUUAAAGUUCUUGAAAUUCCAUCUGAGGAUGCUUUGGAGGAUCAUGUAGCUGAAAUUAAUAUUCUGGGGCAAUGUCAGCACCCCAACAUCCUCAAACUCCUUGAAGCAGCAUACUGGGGCCACCAACUCUGGAUUGUGGUAGAGUUCUGUGCUGGAGGAGCACUUGAUGGCGCUAUGAUGGAGCUGGGACAUGGCCUAGCAGAAUGCCAGAUCCGUGUGGUCUGUUUGCAGACCCUCCUUGGUCUCCAGUAUUUGCACUUGCACAAAAUCAUCCACAGAGACCUGAAGGCCGGGAACAUCUUGCUCACACAACAUGGAGACAUCCGUCUGGCGGACUUCGGUGUCUCAGCGGUUAACAGCCAGACCCUGCAGCGGCGGAGCUCUUUCAUCGGAACUCCUUAUUGGAUGGCACCAGAAGUUGUGAUGUGUGAGACGUGUAAAGAUGCCCCAUAUGAUUACAAGGCAGAUGUAUGGUCUUUAGGCAUUACUCUUAUUGAGCUGGCGGAGACUCAACCUCCAAACCAUGAACUGAAUCCCACCCGUGUCUUGCUCAAGAUUCUCAAGGCCAAACCACCAAGUCUGAAAUAUUGUCACUUAUGGUCUGCAGACUUUAAUCAUUUCCUAGACAAGUGUUUACAUAGAAAUCCGCAGGAACGAUUAUCAUCCACCGAGCUUCUUGAGCAUCCAUUUGUGCCCAAGAGCAGUGACAACACCCCUCUGCGAGAACUGGUGGCUGAGGUCCUGGCAGAAAUCACUGAGGAAGAGGACAAUGAGAGUCUGAGAGAUUGUGUCUCAACGAAUAAUUUCCCAAUCAAUGGUCACAGUCAGGAGGUUCAUAUCAUAGAUGCCCAGGCUCCUGGAGGCAAGUCAUCUAUAAGAACAGAGGACACAGAUGCUGAACAUUCCCUGCAAACACCCAGCCAUGGAGGUCCUAUGGAAAAAAUACGUCAGAAAACACCAUUGAAGGUGCAGAAAGGGGAAAGUUUCUUAAAACAGAUGCAGAGACGCUCUGCUCCUUCAUUUUCAGAGGAAGCCAGGGCGUCGGUAAAGUGGAUGGUUGACGGCAAAAAUCAUAAAAACAAGGGAAGAGAAUGGGCCAAAACGCAGGACAAACCUCUCCAGGACAUUGCUGUUAAUCCUCCAAACCAUGGAUUAACAGUAAAUUUGCCUUCUGGGCCAGAAGUAGUAAUGGUGGACAGUACUGAGGUCAUUGAAGAUUCUGAAAGAAAGGAUCUUGAUGUUGGGAUGAGUACGUCUUGUGUUUCUAGUGAAGACUAUAAAGAGCAAGUUGACAAAUGCCUUCAUCACACUCAGUUACCACCCAAGGAAAAUGCAUCUGUAAACCUAUCCCCGGCCUCCAAUACUGCAAGCCAAGCCCUGGACUUGUUUAGCCCUCUCACGCCUAUUAGGCAGCAUUCAAGGUGGAGAAGCAGUGAGAGUCUGAGCAUUGGAACCAGGACGUUAACUAGAACAUGGACAGUUCCUUACACUAGGAGGCAGCAUUACACUGGUACUUGGGGGAAGUUCAAAGCAGAAUUAACACAUGGACAAGAAGAAACCAAGACGGAAUCUGCUGAAACCACAUUUCUAUCUAGCAUAGAUUAUAAACAGUCAGAGAGGUUAACUAAUUUGGAAGCAGGUUUUGCUGAUGAUAAAGCAAAUGAGGUUGGAGAUGGGCGUAUCCAUGACACAGUACCAAAGGAGCCUUACUCUGAUCAUAGGAAUGAUGGAACCCAGACCAAAUGCCCUCGGUCUGCAUUUCAUAAUGAUACAAAUUCUGUUAUACGAGAACAUGGACAUUCAUUUUCAAAUGAAAAGAGAGCAUCGGUUAGAUGGGUAACAGAGAAAGUUGGAUCAGAGGUGAACAUGAAAACUAGGCAAGAGAAACCAGAACUUUCUGAACUGCUUACAUCCAGUGGUCCUGCCCCUGGAGAAACCACAGAAUUCAGCCAGCAGGAGGUUGUUAGUGCUUCUGGUAAGGGAAAUAAACACAGUAAUGUGGUCAGACAGACAACUAAUGAAGGAAAAUACAUUUGUGUAGAAACACCUAAGAAGAAUGUAACAAGCCAGGCUGGCAUAACAGACAAUUGCACAACAGUAGGCAUUACAGAUGUAUAUACUUGUGGGCGAAGGGAUCGAGAAGUGUUCAGAGCUAACCCACCAGUACAUCAUAGCCAAACGAGAAGAGGCAGUGUAAGCCUGCCAUACUCUUCCAGGAGAUUAUUAAGGAGAUGGACGAUGCCAUUUUCAGGGACUGAAAGAAGCAUGGCGCCACCAUUCAAUUCAACAGAAAUAGAGACAAAGUACAGAAAAAAGGAGAAUAAUGGACUUGGGAUCACUUCUUUAGUUACUAAACUAGACAGAUCUGAUGAAAGUAUGGGGUGUGCAGGUGAGAAAGGUGUGAGGACUGGUGAGAGCAAUGGAGAAAAGGAUAUCAUCCAGGGCUGUAAUGAUGUGAUUGGAGCCCAGAAAAGGUUAAACUUUGCCAGAUGUUCAUGGACUGUACAUCCUACUGAACGCAAUGGUAGGGCCAUUCUACAGAAAAAUUAUGGUCAAGAUGAGAGAAGGGAAACAGAGGACAUGGACACAAAUCCAGAACAUUCUGAGGAGCGUGAAGAUGCCCAUUCAGAUCUAAAUGACAGUGCAUCUGAAGACACCAGAAAGACCAUACGUAUUACCCGGAGGUUUGUAGUGGAUGGAAAGGAGGUGAAAGUAUCUUCUUGCAAACGUAAAACUGAUGAGAGUACAACAGAUAUGACUGAACGUACUGUUAGGCGCCAGGAGCUACAGCAGCUGAGACUGUUGCAGAAGGAAGAGAUGAAAGCGCAGAGCCAGCUGGAGCAGCGAAUGCAAAGAGAAAGGGAGAUCAUGUUCCGACACAUUGAACAGGAGAUCAUAGGAAAGAAGCAGUACUAUGAGCGAGAGAUCGAGGCCCUGGAGAGACAGAUUGAGCAGGCACGAGCCCGGCGAGAGCAGGAGCACACUAACCGCCUGCGGCAAGAUGCACUACGGCUCAAGGCUCAGCAUCAGAAGGAGAGGAACAAGAAGAAAGCAGAGUUAAAGGACAAAUGGCAGGAGGAGAAGUUUCUUGUAAAGCAACAGCAGGAGCUGAACUCGGCCUUGCAGAAAUUAGUAAAUGAACAUAAGAAAAAGGUCAUUAGUAUCGAAAGGGAGAAUCUCUGCAAAAUCCACAGCUUGAAGAGAGCUCGCGAAUCUGUGAUUCUGAGACUAGAAGAACGCCAUCUACAGGAGAAAUAUCAGCUUUUUCGACACCAGCUGAUUGAACAACACUCUCUGCAAAAACACCAGCUGCGCAAGAGGCAUGAGAAGGAGAUGGAGCGGCUCAAGCAUUAUCAGGGCAUCUUACUGGAAGAGCUAAAAAGUCAGCAGCUGCAAGAGAGAGUCCGAAGCCAGAAAGCCCAGCGUGGGGAAGCUAGAAAGCGCCAAGCCAUGUUCAAAGAGAGGCUGAAGAGCCAAGGGCUGAGCCCGUCAGAGCAGAAGGAAAGGAGCAAGCAAUUCUUGCAGCAAGAAAUCAUCAGCCAAAAGGAGCAGACUCAAAAGAUGCAGCAGAAACAGGAGCAGGAACUGCAGAAGUUCAAGGAACAUCUAGAAGAGACGUGCAGGGAGCUGGUGCAAAUACAGGAAGAAAAAAUGCGGAUUUUGCAAGAGCAGGAAACAAAAAAGUUACAAAGACUGGAUGCAGAGCACAGUAUGGAGUCAGAGCAGUGGCGGGAACGUCUACGACUUAGUAAAGAGAACCUGGACACAGAGUUUGCCUUCAGACAGCAGCAGAUCUCAGAGCCUGGAAAGCAGCCAUACAAGGAAUCAGACAGGAGAACCUCCUGGCUUUUCCUUCCUGACAGCCAGCGAUGAAGCCAGAAUACGGCCAAAACACUCGUACAAUCCCCUCAACGCAAAUGUAUUUGUUGUAAUGAAAUAUUAAACCCACACUUUGGAUUUUG